AUGCAUUUGCUAAAUGAAGUGUUGAGUCUGGAGGCGCUUGUGUUUCAGGGUUUGAAUUACAUUGGCGCGCUGAUCUAUUUAAUUUUGAACGACGAAACAUCCGCCACCCGUCUAAUGAUUCAUGCGGUCGGCGAACGUCGCAACUAUUACACUCCUGAAAUGAGCGGAAUUGUCACAGAUGUUCGAGUGCUCACCGAUCUGCUCAGGUUAGACCGCAAAAACGUCUCGUGCUUUUAA